CCAUGCCUUUUUCGCAUACCAGAGUGUGCAGAGGUACCGUGUGCAGAGCUAGAGAGCUGUCGAUCGUUCGCUAACGAAUUGGUUUAUUUCGAAAAUGUGACAUUUUGAAGCGAAAGUUUUGAUCAACCGUUUCCAAUCGUUGAAACGUUCGUACUGAAGCAGGAUGUUGAUAAGACCCAACUGGCGGUUUAUCCAGUCAUGGAUGGCAACUCACCAGCAGCAUUCCAAGAUAUAUUUACAGUGCCUGAGUCAUCGCAGCCAGCAGAUGCCCAGAAUUCAAAAUAUCCUAACGAACCCACAAACCCGAACACCAGUCACACAGCAAACCAGAAAACUCAACACUGCAUUAUAUUCAAGCAGACUGGUCACACAACCAGGGAGAUCCAAGCUAGACAGGCCUAGCUGUGGUCCUAUCCAGACAUAUCAAUUGAAGACUCUGUGUCAACAAGGAGGCCAAGUUCCAUCUGCUGUGGGAUUCAGAACAUCUUCCCGUCAUCAGGCCCUCCCUCCAUUGCUUGUCUUAUUAUUUGUAAAACCCAUUGCAAAGGUGACAGCUAUUUUUAGUGGACGUGCCUUCAGGAACUGGUGGAGAGCUCUUCCUCACAACAAGCGCCAGUAUUUCUAUGCCGCCCUCCGCAAACACAAGUACAAGAUCCUAGGAGUGUCACUAGGACUGACGGGCAUCGGCUCGGCUUACUACUACAGCCACUUACAAAUGACACCGGUUACUAACAGGAAACGCUUCAUUGCCUUCACAGAUAGCCAGUUUAAGAAGAUCGCGGCCACUGAGUAUGAAAAUAUGAAGUCACUUCAUGCAGAGAAGUGUGUCCACAGUUCACAUCCACUGUACCUGACGAUAGCCAGGCUGGUCCUGCGAAUCACUCAAGCUAAUAACGACAUCCCUGAAAUACGCAAUCGUAACUGGACCAUACACAUCAUAGACAAGGAUAUCAAGAACGCAUUUGUGUUACCGAACGGUGAAAUAUUUGUCUUUGCUGGUAUUCUGACAGCAGUAACCAAUGAAGAUCAACUAGGAACCAUACUGGCACAUGAGAUAGCUCAUGUCGUGCUCAAUCACGCGGCAGAGCAGGUAAGCCUGUUCCAGUUUGUAGAUGUGCUUCUCAUCGUUGUACUUGCAGCACUCUGGGCUUUCCUUCCCAAUGAUGGCGUGGCAGCAGUAGCUACGUGGUUUAAAAGCAAAGUUGUGCAGCUGCUACUUGAAAUGCCAUACAGUCGUAGUCUGGAGACUGAAGCUGAUGAAGUUGGUCUGGUACUUGCUGCAAGGAGCUGUAUGGAUGUGCGAGAGUGCAAAGCCUUCUGGGAGCUCAUGGCUUUGCGUAGUAACAGUGGACAAGAUGAUGAUAUAGAUAUAGAAUGGUUGAGCACUCACCCGACCCACCAGAACAGGGCCGAUCAUUUGGGCUCAUUAUUGCCUGGGGUGUUAAAACUAAGGGAAGAGUGCAAAUGUCCACCAUUGCCAGAUAUUGAUCCGUCAGCUGUCGUAGCCAAACAGAGACUGCUACAUCUUCAGGAACAGGAAAAGCGAAAGAAAGAGCCUGUUAUCAUGUCCGGAAUUCAAAUCACGUCCUAGAAUGUAGGAACUAGGAUUUGGGUUCAGAUAGAUGCCAGAUAUGAUAAUACUUCCAUAGCAACCUGGCGGUAUCCACUGUUAUUAUACAGGUCAACUUGUACACUCACACAUACUGGAAUUUGUAUCCUUGUCGAGUCAUUUCAUUGUUCUAUUGUACUACAAUUUUAAAGUUUGAAAAUAUAUUUUCAAAUUACUCCUAUUUAAACCAGAACUAAUUUCCUCGACUGAAAUUCGGACUUAAUCUCCCUUACAUAAAUACUUCAAUUUGCGACGGAUCAAAACACCUUGGAAAUUCCUAUUUUUUUUAAGUAAAAUCCAUUAUCUGUUUCGUGGUAACCUUGUGGAGACGUAUUCACCUAAAGAAAUUGCCCCGUGCAGAUGUAUACGAUCUUUGAUUCCCUGUUAUACACGUCUCCAUAAGGUAGUGAAUUACGAAACAACAGUGUCUAUGGAAUCUUUACAUUGCAGCCAUGAACACUGGAACUACAUAGUAUGACAUUG